AUGCCUUUUUUCAAAUGGCGUUUGGGCAAAAAGCAAAAUGAUGGAAAAGAAAAAGAGAAAAAAAGUAGAAGACGUGAUCGAAAUGAGCAACAAAGAGAUCAACAAUCGCCGAAUCAAACUGAACAACCAACAGUCAGUGAUGAUGAUACAAUAAUGGUUUAUUUAGCAAGUGGACCACCAAAAGAUACAAUUGUCGAAGUUCUCAGAUCGCUUAAUAAUAAUGAAAUUCAGAUAAAUCAAACAGAAGAUGAGUGUGUUGAUUCGAUAAAAUCAUUAUCAGACAAAAAGGUUCUUCUAAUUCUUGAUAAAUCACCAUCAGAAAGUCUUCUUGAAUCUAUCAAGAGUCUCUCACAAGUCGAUUCACUUAUUGUCUAUUCAAAAUCAUUUGGUAAUCAUGAAAAUGAGCCGACUUCAGCACAGACUAGUCGUGCGAUAACCCGAUGUGAAAAUCCCGAAAAUCUUGUGAAUAUAAUUCAAUCAACUCGCAAUGAAAUUGCAAAACAAACAGCAGCAUUCAGUGUUUAUAAUCAAAAAGAUAAAGCAACACGAGAUUUAAGUAAAGAAUCUGCUUCAUUUCUAUUUUUUCAAUUACUUAAAACUGUGAUAUUAAAUAUGCCGAAAACACAAGAAGCGAAGCAAAUGAUGGUUUCAAAAUGCAAAGAAUUUUAUCGAGGAAAUUUGGUUGAAUUGGCCAACAUAAAUGAAUUUGAUAUGACAUAUAAAUCUGAUGAAGCUAUUCAAUGGUAUACAAAGGAGUGUUUUUUAUACAGAUUUGUUAACAAAGCAUUACGUACGGAAGAUGUCGAUAUUUUAUAUCAUUUUCGUUUUUAUAUUGUUGAUCUUUGCAAACAACUCGAAUUGAAAUUUGAAGAUUUGAAAACUAAAGGAAAGAAUUUAAUUAAAUUGUAUCGUGGAUCGUGUCUCAAUCCAGCUGAAGUGGAAAAUUUUCAAAAAAGUAUUGGAAAUUUGAUCGCAACGAAUGGUUAUUUGUCAACAAGUUAUGAUCGUGCUGUUGCAUAUGGAUUUGCAACAAAACCAAAUAAUCGAGUUGGUGUUGUUCAAGCACUUUUCGAAUAUCAAGUUGAUAUUAGUCAAGUGAAAAGUAUUGUGAUUGCUGAUAUUGCACAAUAUUCCGCUUUUCCAGAAGAAGCAGAAAUGCUUGUUGAUAUAGGUGCUGCGUUUCGAAUUGAAUCAUGUACCUAUGAUCCAACAGAUAAUUUGUAUCAUGUACAAGUACAAGCAACCGAUCAAGGUGCUGCUUUAGCCGCUGAAUAUAUAGAAUAUCAAAAGAAGAAAAUGAUGGAUGCCAAUGUUGUUCUCUUAUUUGGUCAUUUGCUUCUCGAAAUGGGCGAAUAUGAAAAAGCGAAUAGGUAUUUCGAUAAUAUUCUAAACUCGUCAAAACCAAAUGAUGAAGAAAUUGCUUGUAUUUAUUUUAAUUUUGGACGUACACAUCGUUUAAGAGAUAAUUUAGAAGAAGCGUUUCAUGCUUAUCUUCGUGCUUAUAAUUUACAUGCAUAUGCCAAACCGAAACGCUUAGCAAGUGCGGCAAAAGCUUUGAAUGGCAUUGGAAUUGUACUCUCAGCUAUGGGAAGAGAUGAUGAAGCUUUACAAUGUUUUAUAGGUGCUUUAGAACUAUUCAGAAAAAGUGUGAGAAAAAAACAUGUGGAUGUCGCUGGAACUUUAAUCAAUUUGAGUACAAUUCAGUGUGACAGAAAACAGUAUGAUGAAGCAUUGGUCAAUACUUUGAAAGCACAAAAGCUUUUUCAACAUUGUCUUCCUGGUGCUCAUCCAAAUCAAGCGUCAACAUUUGCAACACUUGGUAACAUUUAUUUUGGUCUUGAUCGACUUGAUCUGUCAAUCGAAAAUUACAAACGAGCAUUUGAAAUCCAAAUGCUUUCAUUACCAAGUGGUCAUCCGGACAUAACUCGAACACUACACAAUAUUGGUUUAGCCUAUGAACGACGUGGUGAUUAUAAAGUGGCUCAUGAUUAUAUUCAAAAAGCAGCAGAAACAAUAUCAAAUCAAGAAAAACAACAAACCGAACAUCCACUUGCACUUGUUGUGGAUCAUGGAAGAAAUCACGUACUCGCUUCCUCGAUGAAUUGUCCAACAUUUCGAUUUUAA